AUGGAUGUCACCCGCCUGCUCCUGGCCACCCUACUGGUCUUCCUAUGCUUCCUCACUGCCUGCAGCUACCUGCCCCUUGAGGAGAAGCCCAAAGAUGACGGAUGCCUGAGAAACAACUCCUCUAAGAACCUACUGGAUUUCCCCUCUGUCUCUAUUGUGGCACUAAAGAAGAAAUCCAAAACAAUCAGCAAAAAAGAAGCAGAAAAGAGGAAAAGAUCUUCCAAGAGAAAGGCUUCGAUGAAGAGGGUGGCGCCGGCCCGGCCCCCGCCGCCCGCGCCCUGCGUGGCCACCCGCGACAGCUGCAAGCCGCCGGCUCCAGCCUGCUGCAACCCGUGCGCCUCCUGCCAGUGCCGCCUCUUCCGCAGCUUCUGCUCCUGCCGCGUGCUCAACCCCAACUGCUGAGUGGGCCCUCUCCGCAGGGGCAGGCGGGGAGGGGCUUCCGAGAUCCGGGGGUUUUGAUUGGUCAGGGAUCGCUUGUGGGUGUGGCUACUGGAG